GGUUUGAUCAUGUUAGAUUACCCUCACUUUUAGCUACAUGGUAGAUUACUUCCACUUCUAGUGAAUCAAGGUCCUCUCUGCAAGUGUAGUAACAUUAACAUUGACAAUACAAAAGCCUCAAAACCUGCAUGAAGCAAAAUGGCAAAUGACGUGUAUUUCUGCAUUGAUCAUUUAAUCAUCUACCGACUUAUCUAUUUUCAAUUAUUUAUAUGAACUUGUUUAGGUAUAUAAGCAAUGAAACCAUACUGGCAAAAGCUGCGUACGUUGGAUUGGCGCCACCUGGUGAUGUUGGAUCAUGGCAAAGAGAGCACAAGGGGUAUCAGUUUUGGACCACGGCAGAUGAAACUGGUUCCUUUGUCAUUAAUAGUAUACAAACUGGUGACUACAAUCUCUAUGCAUGUGUCCUUGGAUUUAUUGGAGAUUACAAGUAUGAAACCCCAUUAACCAUUACACCAGGUUGUGAUAUUGACGUAGGUGAGCUUAUUUUUGAGCCUCCAAGAGAUGGCCCCACACUGUGGGAAAUUGGCAUCCCUGAUCGUACUGCAGAAGAAUUUUACAUUCCUGAUCCCAACCCAACGUAUAUCAACAAACUAUAUGUCAAUCACCCAGACAGGUUUAGACAGUAUGGGUUAUGGGAAAGAUAUGCUGAUCUAUAUCCAGAUAAAGAUUUGGUUUACACUGUUGGUGUUGAUGAUUAUCGAAAGGAUUGGUUCUUUGCUCAGGUUACAAGGAAAACUGGUGAUAAUGCAUAUAAAAGCACAACAUGGCAAAUCAAGUUCAAUCUUGACAAUGUGGAUCAAGCCGGAACCUACAUAUUAAGAUUAGCACUUGCAUCUGCACAUAAUUCGGACUUGCAGGUCCGGAUAAAUGAUCCUGAUGUAAAUCCUCCGGUAUUUUCAAGUGGAGUUAUUGGGGCUGACAAUGCGAUUGCCAGGCAUGGAAUUCGUGGAAUCUAUUGGUUAUUUAGUGUGGAGAUUCCAGGUUCUGAAUUAAUCCAAGGGGAGAAUACCAUAUUCUUGACACAAGCUAGGAGCAGUAGCCCUUUUCAAGGAAUUAUGUAUGACUAUAUUCGUAUGGAAAGUCCCUCAUCUGUGGUUAACUCUUAGAAUUGGAACCUUUAAUCCUCAUUGAAUGGACUGAACCACUGAUAGUUUGUGAUUAUCGACAUUACUCAUUUUUCCUAUACGAUUCAAGAAAUGAUUUACGAUAUGUUUAGAUUCUAUUACUUCUAUGGCAAUGGUACAGACUGAUGCCACUAAAA